AUGGCUUCUGAUGAAAAUACUCCUCUUCUCCCCAUUGGAUCACACACUCGUGUUUCCACUCAGCAAACACCUUCUCUAGCACUGAGAAUUACACAAGUUGGAUGUGCAAUGGUGUGGUGUUUAUUUGCAGCAGGACCGGUGUUUGGUUUUGCUGCAUUGAAACCUGUUCUCAUCUCCCAGGGAGUUUAUAAGGAGGCAUGUGAAGUAGGUACUGGAUCUGUCCCGUCUAUUCUUGAGGCUGCUUGUGUUGAACAGGACCUAAAAUUAAACAGAAUGUUCACUUAUGCAGCUGUCAUCACUAAUGCAACCGCAUUAUUAGUUGGUCCAAUUCUCGAUAAUUAUGGGCCUAGAGUCACUGGUAUAAUUGGAUCUUUCAUUCUUGCAAUGGCAUCACUUUUACUGUCAAAUGGUUCAUCCAUUAAAUCAAUUGAUGCUUAUUUGUUUGGAUACAUUGCUUUGGCCUUUGGUGGGCCAUUCGUAUUUAUCAGCUGUUUCCAAUUGGCCAAUUCUUUCCCUGGUAGAUCGGGAUUGAUCUUGGCAUUGCUGACAGGCGCAUUUGAUACCUCGUCUGCAUUAUUCUUAUUUUAUCGUGUUGUUUAUCAGAAUAACUAUAUUUCAAAUUUGACAUUGAAAACAUUUUUCUCUUACUAUCUGGUGGUUCCUCUGUUUAUAUUACUCUGCCAAUUCUUUAUCAUGCCACAUAGAUCUUACAAGACUAUCGAAACUUUAGCUAAAGAGGCUGAAACUGGGUUGGACGAACAUGGCUUACCAAUGAAUCCCCAUGAUUCACGCUAUCAGCCAGAUGAGAUUGCAGAUCGGGAAACCGACAGAGCACGUCGAGGUUCUGUUGUUUCUGCUAAAUCUGUGUAUGAGGAGAUUGCAGACCAUCAAUUGAAAGAAGCUUCUGGUGGUAUUUUUGGUGUGUUACAUUCGGUACCCUUGUAUGAGCAAUUUAAAUCCCCUUGGUGGUACUUGAUGUGUAUGUUUACGACAAUCCAAAUGCUAAGAAUUAAUUAUUUUGUUGCUACAAUUGCAUCUCAAAUGGAAUAUUACUUUAACCCAGAAAUUGCCAUUAGAAUUAAUAAAUUUUUCGAUAUUGCAUUGCCUCUUGGUGGAAUUAUUUCAAUUCCAUUUAUUGGCCUCAUUCUUGAUAAUUUACAAACUUACAAAAUUUUGAUGAUUUUGCUAACUGUCUCUACCUCCAUUGGUCUUUUCGGUAUGACAUGUAACCAAGUGCUCCAGUAUAUUGGAAUCUUGCUGUUGGUGUUAUAUAGACCUUUCUAUUAUACUGCAGUGUCUGACUAUUGCGUGAAAGUGUUUGGUUAUGCCAACUUUGGUACUGUCUAUGGUGCAAUUAUUUUUAUUAGUGGUAUGAUGAAUAUAUCACAAACAUUACUAGACAACGCUACACAUUUUCAAUUUGGUAAUGAUCCAACUCCUAUAAAUACCUUGCUUGUCACUUUAACUGUUCUAUCCGGUGGAUCGAUGUUGCUCUAUAUAAAACACCAAGAGAAGGCUCUCAUAAGAGCACAUGUCAUUGAAGACGCCAUUGACCCAAACUUUUUAUAG